UCGGAGAAGUCAAGAGCACAGUGACAAGACAACCGUUCAGGGUUCAACAACACAAUGGAUGUUUACCAGGCAUAUAGGCACAACCAAAUGGAUUAUAACGCCGAGAGUCGAGAUUCCAAGUUUGGGAAAGGGCUUCAGAACAUCGACGAUCGUCUUGAUAGUGGUGUGGAUUCGCUCAGAGAGGAUGUAGCUGCCGAACUAGAGCGAGUGCGUUUGGAUAGCGAACCAGCUCCCCGGAUAGCCGAAGACUGCUGUGAACCAUGGAGGAAAGAAAUGACCGAGGACGGAGACACGUUCCUGCAUCUGGCAAUCAUUCAUGAAGCCAAAGAUCAUGCCAUGAAGAUGAUCGACCUGUCAGUCAAUGACCCCUUCCUGAACAUACAGAACUAUCAAAGACAGACGGCGCUGCACUUGGCAGUGAUCACUGAGCAGCCGGAGGUAGUGGCCCACCUGAUGCGCGCCGGUUGCGACCCGCAGCUGGUGGAUGACAGCGGCAACACGGCCCUGCACAUAGCUUGCAGGAAGGGCUCGGUCACCUGCUUCAGCGUGCUCACCCAGGCCUGCACCAGCUCCCAGCUCUCCGCCAUGCUCACCACGCUCAACUACAGUGGUCAAAACUGUUUACACCAGGUUUCCAUAUUUGGUUACCUUUCGCUGGUUGAGAGACUCGUUGAGCUUGGAGCUGAUAUCAAUGCACAGGAGCAGUGUAAUGGUCGGACACCCCUUCACUUGGCCGUGGACCUUCAGAACUAUGACCUGGUGCACCUGCUCAUCAGCAAAGGGGCCGAUGUCAACAGCCAGACGUACGGCGGCCACACGCCAUACCACCUGACCUUCGGCCGGCCCAACGGCGCCAUCCAGGUGGAGCUGUACGAGCUGACCGCCCAGCAUCUACGCGCGCUGCCCGACAGUGAGUCGGAGGACAGUGGGGAGGAGGAGCAGGAGCAGGACGACCAGUACCAGUCGGAUGACGAGUUCUUUGAUGAUAUCCAGCUGAUGGGAUAGAGGAUGCAACGCAGUCAUAUGUAUGUGGCCGCAGUAACGCAGUAUGUUUGAGUGAGCAAGACUGAAAGACUGUAAAAUGGGGUGAGAGAGAUGGUGCCAGGACUUGUCAACAGCGAAGGCCAAGGAGCAGCACCAGGCCUGGGCUGGCCAAGCCUGAUGAAGUGGUCUGGAGUCUGGAUGCCCAGAAGAGGGGAGAGAGAGAGAGAGAGAGAAAGAGGGAGAGAAGCAGACCCCAGGAACAGAAGGCUACCUGUAAGUGUUGGGACAGAGAAGCCAGUGAAGUUCACAGUUCAACAGAGUGAGAGAUGUGUCGUGGUUUUUAUUUUUUAUUUUCUCACGUCACACCUCAAGAAAAGGAGCAUUUUCAUCCACAGACUUCAGAGUACGGUGUAUAAAUGUUGUAAAUUUGUGUAAAGAAACAGAUUUAUUUUUAUAAAUAUUAAUGUAUAUCUGUACAAAGUUUCUUUGGAAAAAAUGUAUGUUCCAAAAUUACAUCUGUGAAGAGUACCUACCACACUCCCGUAAAUUAAAAAAAGCAACAAACUA